AUGAAGGUCAAGAAGGAACGUGGUGUAAAGACCGUCGUGAAGCAAGAGAAGCAAGUUGCUCAGAAAAGUCCUGAGCCUGUGGAACUCCAUGUAGGGGAAGAGCCUGCCGAAGAGGUCGUGAAAGGGCGCGACAAUCAGGAGGUCAUAGAAACAUCAGACGCGGAAGAGACGAACGAGGUCCUCACUGCCGUACUUGAUAGUAAGGAGGCUGUGAAGGAGCAGCAAGAGGAAGAGUAUUCGUUACUCGGCCCUUCCAAGUCCCCUACGCCGCGCCCGCAAACUGUACCUGCAGCGCCUGAGGAGCCGCAAGGCCCAAAGGCGCGGUUGGUCAUACACAAGAUGGCUCUCAUCAACUUUAAGAGCUAUGCUGGUCGCCAGGAAAUCGGCCCUUUCCACAAGUCAUUCUCGGCCAUCGUCGGUCCGAACGGCUCUGGCAAGUCGAAUACUAUUGACGCACUACUUUUUGUGUUUGGUUAUCGAGCCUCAAAGAUGAGACAAGGCAAGCUGUCCGAGCUAAUACACAACUCCGCCCGUCAUCCGGACUUGGAUGAGUGCAGCGUGGAGGUACACUUCAGGGAGAUCAUCGACUUGCCGGGUCCAGAUGCAUUCGAAGUUGUUCCCGGUUCGCAGCUUAUCGUUGCGCGCACCGCGUAUAAGAACAACUCGAGCAGGUACACGAUCAACGGGCGGCAGAGUAACUACAAGGAAGUGCAAACUCUAUUGAAGGGACGCGGCAUCGACCUCGAUCACAAUCGCUUCCUCAUCUUGCAGGGUGAAGUCGAGUCUAUUGCUCAAAUGAAGCCAAAGGCGGCUUCCGAGCAUGAAGACGGUCUCCUUGAGUACUUGGAGGACAUCAUCGGGACGUCCCAAUAUAAAGAGCCUAUCGAAGAGACACUCGUCGAGGUUGAGCGCCUUUCGGAAGAUCGCAUGGAUAAGCUGAACCGGCUUCGGAUUGUCGAGCGCGACCGUAACGCAUUGGAGGCCAAGAAGCGUGAGGCAGAAGAUUACCUGCGCAUGAAGAAUGAGCACAUACGUGCGCUUUCUCGACUUUGGCAGUAUUACUUAUGGCAGUGCUUCGUGAACGAGGAAGCCUAUGAGAAGGCAAUGGCUCGGCUUGAGAAAGAAUUGGCAGAUGAGACGGAACGUAACCGUGACGACAUUCUUCAUCUCGAGCUACUGCAGAAGCAUUACGACGAGCGGUGUGCGGCGUACGAGGAAGUAAGAGAGGCUGCGGCUGCGGCUGUCAAGGACCUUGCAGCUCAGGAGAAGAAGGUUGUAGGCUUGGAAGAGCGAAAGAAGCAUGCGAAUGGCAAGACGAAGAAGCUGAGAAAAUCUUUGCAAGAGGAUGAACACCAUUAUGCUGAAGCGAAACGUGCUAUCGAAGACAAUAGUGCUAAGAUGGAUCGGGAGAAGGCCAAGGUCGAAGAGCUCGAAACGUCGCUCGCAGAAGAAGAGAAAGCUCUAGAGAGGAUUCGGGACAGUCUCAAGGACAAGACGCAAGUUUUCCAUGACCAAAUCGAAGUCAAGCAGAAGGAGCUGCAGCCUUGGACAGUCAAGAUCAAUCAGAAGCAGGCUGAGAUCGAUCUCGCCACGAGCGAACGCGAUAUGCUCGCGAAGAAGGCUGAAGCUGCGAAAGCUGCCAGCCAGGAGGCGCGGGAAGCUCUCGAAAAGCUUCAAGCUGAGCACAGCACCAAGAUGGAAGAGCUCAAGGAGCUGCAAGCUACUAAAGCCGGCAACGCGAAAGAAGUGAAGGAGAGCGGGAGAAAGUUAGCUGAAAUGCAAGCUCGUGUGCAGCAGCUACGUUCCAAGGCCUCUUCGGCUCGUCAGAAAGUGGACGAAGCCAAGGCGUCACAGGCUGCCAGCACCUCUCAGAACAAGGUGCUGGACAGCCUCACCCGCCUCAAGAAUGCAGGCCGCAUAUCCGGCUUUCAUGGUCGUUUGGGAAGUCUGGGCACUAUCCCCGACAAGUACGAUGUCGCCGUAUCCACUGCGUGCGGUGCUUUGAACAACCUGGUGGUCGACACGGUUGAGCAGGGCCAAGCGUGCAUCGAAUAUCUGCGGAAACAGAAUAUCGGUCGCGCCUCAUUCAUGGUGCUAGAGAAGCUCUCCAACCGUGGUAUGGAGAAGAUCCCAACUCCUGAGAACGUGCCGCGGCUGUUCGAUCUAAUCAAGCCGAAGGAGGCGCGUUUCGCCCCGGCAUUUUUCAAGGGUCUGGGCAAUACCUUGGUAGCAAACGAUCUCGAGCAAGCAAACAGGAUUGCUUUUGGAGGGCAGCGAAGAUGGCGAGUCGUCACUCUCGCAGGCCAGCUGAUCGACUCGUCGGGAACGAUGUCUGGCGGCGGUAACCAUGUUUCUAGGGGUGGCAUGAGUUCCAAACUUCAGGCUGAUGCUGUCUCGCCUGAUGUACUGAGGCGGUACGAGCAGGAAAGCGAAGAGGCCGCCAGAGAACUGGAGGCAUGCCAGCGGCAGUUGCGGGAAGUUGAAGCAGAGCUAGAUGCAAUUUCCGGCUCGGGACCUCAGCUUGAUAUUGCCAUAGACAAAGUCAGCCUCGAUAUCCGGACUGGCUCGAAGCGUAUCUCUGAGGCCGAAAAACGCUACCGCGAGCUGAAAGCGCAGACCAAACCUGAUGCCGGCGAUAUGGCUCGCAUCGCAACUCUUGAGAAAGAUAUCGCCACAUCUACAGAGAGACUGGAAGCGUUGCAAGCCAAGACAAGUACAAUCGAGGCAGAGAUUCAAGCUCUCGAGAAGAAGAUACUGGAGAUUGGUGGCGCUCGCCUCCUGUCGCAGAAGUCGACGGUCGACGGCAUUCGGCUGCACAUCAACCUGGCAAACGACGAGAUCACGAAGGCUGAGGUCGCAAAGGCCAAGGCCGAGAAGGACUGCGUUAAACUCAAGAGCACCAUCAAGAACAACACUGAGGCGCUCGAAGAGGUCGAGCGUGACCUGGAAGAACUCAAUGCAGAACUGAAGGAGAUUACCGACUACGUGGAUCAGCUCCGUGAGCAGGUCGAAGCAGCACAAGUGGCAGUGGAAAACUCCAAAGACGAUCUCGAGGGCCUGAAGAGCGAACUCGACGCGAAGAACGAAGGGAUCCAGGAGUUCAGGCAAAAGGAGAUGGAACUGCAACAGAAAUUGAACGACACCAAGAAGGAAGCCAAGGAGAAUGAUCGCACUAUUGAACAUUGGCAGAAUGAGCACGAUAAGUUGCGGUUGGAGGAUGUCGACGACGAGGAUGAGGACGAAGAGGUGGUCAAGGCGGAGGGCGGCAAGGAUAUCGUCAAGCCAGACCUAGAAGAGGCUCGCAAGCGCAAGGAGCCGUUGCAUGAGCUCCAUGUCUACAGCGCUGACGAGCUGUCGGCAUUCAGGAAGAAAGAUCUCAUCGCUGAAACUGAAUUGCUGGACGAAAACCUCAAGAACUCCCGUCCCGAUCUCAGCGUGCUCAAGGACUACAGAAAGCGUGAAGAGGAGUUCUUGAGGCGUGCUCAGGAUUUGGAGGAAGUCACAAAGGAACGCGACGCCAAGAAGGCAGAGUACGACAACUUGAGGAAAAGGCGACUAGACGAGUUUAUGGCUGGCUUCAGCACGAUUUCCCUCAAGCUGAAGGAGAUGUACCAGAUGAUCACUCUUGGUGGCAAUGCCGAGCUCGAGCUGGUGGACAGCAUGGACCCUUUCUCAGAAGGGAUCAUCUUUAGCGUCAUGCCUCCGAAGAAGAGCUGGAAGAACAUCUCCAACCUGUCCGGUGGUGAGAAGACGCUGAGUUCCCUCGCUCUGGUCUUUGCGCUGCACGUCUAUAAGCCGACACCGUUGUACUUCAUGGACGAGAUUGACGCAGCACUCGACUUCCGCAACGUCUCUAUCGUCGCGAACUAUAUCAAGGAUCGAACAAAGAAUGCCCAAUUUAUCAUCAUCUCUCUCCGCAAUGACAUGUUUGAGCUCAGCCAUCGACUCAUUGGUAUUUACAAGACGGCGAAUGCUACACGGAGUAUCUCUAUCGACAACCAACCUCUGAAUGCUAUUCCCGUGAACGCGAUCCUGGCAUGA